AUGUCGAGGAAAUCCUCUAAAGGAAGAUACAGCGAUAACAGAAGACUGGACAUCGGCGAGGCAUUAUCCAUCAAGCAAACCAAGCCACAUGUCAAUAGCCAACUAGCACCAAAUUACACUGCCAACUUCCAGAGCACAACGAAACACAACAUAUUGCACCAACCAUCAUGUAAACAGGAGAGUGACAAGAUACAGUGGAGUUAUAACCUUGGUGAUGGAAUGCUGGCGCUAGUAUAUAACGUCUCGGGAACAUAUCUCAUCAUCCAGUUCGUGACGGAACUUGGUCCAGUCAACACCAAUAUGAAGUUGGUGUUAGUGUCCUUGGCUUUAGCUAUGCUGGCCGUAUCUGGCUUGGCCCAGCCAGGUGGACAUGGAGGCGGUGGUGGCGGCUAUGGAGGAAGCGGUGGCGGCCAUGGAGGUGGUGGUGGCCAUGGAGGUGGUGGCGGCCUUGGUGGGGGUGGUGGCGGCCUUGGCGGUGGUGGUGGCGGAGGCGGCCAUGGUGGUGGUGGUGGCGGUGGCCAAGGAGGUGGUGGAGGUGGCUACUACGGAGGUGCUGCUGGUGGUGGCCAUGGUUUCUUUGGAGGUCGUGGAGGUGGUUAUAAUGGUGGAUCUUCUACCAGCGGUUUCAGUUUUAGAGGCCAUGGAGGUGGCGGCGGUGGAGGUGGUGGUGGUGGAGGCAAUGGAGGUGGCGGUGGGAGCUUUGGAGGAGGAGGCCAUGGAGUUGGCGGUGGUGGCGGCCACGGAGGUGGUGGCGGUGGCGGCGGCCACGGAGGUGGUGUCGGUGGCGGCUAUGGAGGUGGAGGAUACAGCGACAACAGAAGACUGGACUUCGGCGAGGCAUUAUCCAUUAAGCAAACCAAGCCACAUGUCAAAAGCCAACUAGCACCAAAUUACACUGCCAACUUCUAG